CAUAUGCCAACCCUGUAUUGUAUUAAUAGAUAGAUAUAGAUAGCCCAAUCUCAUUCCCAGCUAGCCCCUCCUCUCUCUCUCUCUCUCUAUCUCUUUCAGCUUGAGCUAGUAGGUGCAUUGGUUGUUGCCAUUCCUUGGCGGGCGGCCAUGUCGGAAAAGGUGUGCAGCCACCACAAGAGCAAGAAGAAGAAGGCGGUCCGCACGUGCCUGGCGGUGGUGGCGGUGGUGGUCUUCCUGGCCCUCCUCACCAUCCUCAUCGUCUGGGCAGUCCUCCAGCCGAAGAAGCCCCGGUUCAGCGUCCAGGACGCCACCGUCUUCGUCCUCAACGUCUCCGCCCCGAAUGUGAUCUCGACCACCAUCCAGAUCACCGUCCUCUCCCGCAACCCCAACUCCCGCAUCGGCGUCUACUACGGCAAGCUCUUCGUCUACGCCAACUACAACAACCAGCAGAUCAGCUACUACACCGUCAUCCCCCCGACCUACCAGGGCCACAAGGACCUCAACAUCUGGUCCCCCUUCAUCUACGGCACCAACGUCCCCGUCGCCCCCUACAACGGCCUCCGCCUCGCCCAGGACCAGUCCGCCGGCGCCGUCCGCAUCAACUUCAAGAUCGACGGCCGCGUCAAGUGGAAAGUCGCCACCUUCGUCUCCGGCCGCUACCACCUCCACGUCACCUGCCCCGUCACCAUUCCGCUCCCGGGUAGCCCCGGCAAGCCCGCCGGAGUCGUCGUCGGAAAUAAUGCAGUUAAGUAUCAGCUCUCUCAGACCUGCACCGUCAGCGUCUGAAAAAUAUCUAACUUAUUAAUUAAUUAAACUAUUAAACAAAAUUAUAAUGAUCAAAUUUCCUUUUCUUUUUUCACAUGGAAUUUUUUUUGGAACUGUACAUCUUAAUUCGUCGAAAUAAAACUGCAUCUUUGUAUUGUGUGAAA